CUGGCGCCCGCCCUCUGUUCCUCCUUCCCUCCCUGCAGCGCCGGCGAGACCGCGAGAGCGGCGCCCGCCCCGCCAGGGCGAGGGAAGCAGGCGCAGCCCGCGGGCAGGAAGCUGGAUGAGGACGUGUGUGCGGGCAAGGCAGCCCCUCGGGCAUGAAGGGGACCGCGGGGACGCUGCCCUGCCCUGCAGCCGAGCGGGGACAUCAGGUUUAGAAGAUUACAUCCCAUUUUAAAUAUUCACCAUAGCCCUGUCCUUAGGAGGAGGCAGAGUCUCAAUCUAUCAGAGGACAGCUGCCUUCAGAUGGUGCAGAACUCACUGACAGUUGUUGCUUCAGUCCUACUUCAUGAGAACUUCAGAAGUUACUAACUGAGUGAUAUUUGGCCAGACCUAAAAUAUCUUCCACUCCAGAUCUGAAAGUAGUGGAAAAGUUAGACAAUUCUCUCUUGGAAAGAGACCGGUUGUAGUUUUUUCACAAGUCCACAUUGUUUCAAAUCUCCAAGCAGAUGGUACGUGAACAAUAUAUGACAACGACACCAGGCACGAGCCUAGAGAGGCCGAAGAAUGAAUAUAUCUACAAAAUUGGAAUUUAUGGCUGGAGAAAGCGUUGUCUCUACCUGUUUGUUCUCCUCCUGCUUAUCAUCCUAGUUGUGAAUUUUUCUUUGACAAUUUGGAUUCUUAAAGUGAUGUGGUUUUCCCCAACUGGAAUGGGACACCUGCGUGUUACAAAAGAAGGCCUUCGACUGGAAGGGGAAUCUGAAUUCUUAUUCCCUCUUUAUGCCAAAGAAAUCCAUUCAAGAGUGGACUCAUCGCUGCUUCUCCAGUCUACUCACAAUGUGACUGUGAAUGCUCGCAAUUCAAAUGGGGAAGUCACAGGCAGAUUAAACGUGGGUCCUAAAAUGGUAGAAUUCCACAGUCAGCAAUUUCAGAUCAACUCAAAGGAUGGAAAGCCACUUUUUACAGUGGAUGAAAAUGAAGUUGUAAUUGGUACAGAUAAGCUUCGAGUCACAGGGCCUGAAGGGGCACUUUUUGAACAUUCUGUAGAAACACCACUUGUGAAAGCAGAAGCUUUUAAACAGCUUAGGCUGGAAUCACCAACUCGAUCUUUGAGCAUGGAUGCACCACGGGGAAUUAAUAUUAAAGCACAAGCUGGGAAUAUUGAAGCUCUUUCCCAGAUGGAUAUCAAACUACACAGCAGUGAUGGCGUGCUUUUGCUCGAUGCUGAAACUGUGCGACUGCCCAAGCUGCCUGAGGGUACAAGGGGUGGAUCCGGGAUUUCUCAGGGGCUCUAUGAAAUCUGUGUGUGUCCAGAUGGAAAGCUCUACUUGUCAGUGGCCGGCGUGGGCUCCACUUGCCAGGAAUACAGCCGAGUCUGCCAGUGAGGCACCCCAAAAGGCCACACACCCCCUUGGGCAUCUGAGUUUUGUAUUACUCCUAAAGAGCAUUACUGAAAGCAUAUUUUUCAGCAUUUUAAAAACAAAGUACUUACAAUUUACGAAACAAAUCUGCAUCUACAGUUCUGGAAUACAGGGUGUAAGGGAAAGAAGAGCACAAAUGACAUUUCCACUUCAGAAGAAUGACUUGAAUCUAAUUACAUGUUUUGUCAGUAACACUUGGAAAACAGCCUUACAGAGAGCAUAAAAAAAUAAAACAAAUAUGUUUCCUUGCUGAACUAUUAUUCAGUCAGAUGAUUAUGUCAUUGUCCAUAUUUUUGAGAUCCGUGGGUUUUUCCUCUCACUACAUGUAAACACUUACUGUAUUAGUGGGUGAAAUGAAAUUGAGAGAACUACUUGAAUUAUUUGUAAGACAAAACAUUAUUUGGAAAAUUCAGAAAGUGCCAGCAAAUGGUCUAUGCAAUUUUGUUCUUGCAAUAACACAAGAUAGAAAAAUGUGGUAUUUGUAUGAGUUCUGUGUAAAAGAUGUUAAUUUGCUAAUAGCUUUCUAUUUUAAUUUAGCAACACAUAUGCUGACUUGCUUCUUACUGAGAUUCAUAUAAAAAUAACUAAUGCAAAAAGCUCCAGAAGUCAUGAAGGCCUCUCUAUGUCUCAAAUCCAUUCACUAUACAACAGAGAAGUAUGUUAGCAUAUUUUAUAAUAGUAAUUAGCAAUUGUUUGUUCUACUGCCUGUACCAUCAUAUUCAUUUAAAUCCUUUUUUAUUUUAGGACAUGCUAAUUCAACAAGGCAAUCUGUUAUGCCAGCUGGACUAGUUAAAAAAAAAAAUCUUCAGAUUGUCUGACACAAGGAACUGUUUGGGCACUGGGAAAAAAUCCUUUUAUGCAGCCCACAGAUUUCAAUUAAGAGGAAUAUUUCAUUCCCAUCUGCACCUGUUUACUAGUAUUUCUGAUCCUGUCAGACUGGGACUCCAUCUCAAACAGAGAGAGUAAAACUGUUAUUAUUUUUUACAUUAGGAUUUUGGAUACAAAAUAAAUGCUCACCAGAGCUGACAAACCAUUUGUUGGCCUCGUAAACAAACACAACUGCAGAUCCAUUCCCCUGUACAGUGUUGCACUGAACACAAAUAAAUUGUUUGCACACCUCUGGGUAGCAAGAUUUGUAUUUAAUAGUCUGUUGUUUAAACCUCAUGGGUUUUUAAUUCCUUUGAUGCUGUUUUGUAUAUACUUUAUGAUCUUAUUAUCCAGGAAGGAGCUAUCACAUAGUGCCUUGGUGUCUAUUUACAGAAGGAUAGUUCUGUAACUAUAGUGUUAGCAAACCACAAAUGUCCACCUUUUGGAAAAAAAUUAAUCAUCAUCAUUAAAACAAAAGAAUCAGGACAAAAUAACUACUAACAAACUUGAUACUUAAGCUCUGGUGAACAAGGGAAGAAAAUCAACCCUUGGAUGAGAUCCCCAGGUACACACAAAAGCCUGAGCUGAGUCCCCCAUUAAUAUUUUAUUGUGGUAAAGCCCAGGGCAGUCCCCGCUUCAAGGGCUGCCUUUGCAAUUUCUCCAAGAGUCUGAUGUACAGAACUGAAACUGCCCUUCAGCAGCAGGGUGGAGCCCUCAGCAAUUAAUGCAGACUCCAAGAACUUCAGUAGAGCAAGUAGGAAACACUUAAGGUGAGCUUAGGCGAGGGAAGCAGGGGUUCACAUGUUAUCUGGAGAGUGCUCCAGCUGUUGUUACACUGCCUAGGGGAGAAGUAGGAAGCCACACAUCUUCCAUAUCUGAAAUUGCCUUUUCUUGGGCUUAGACUCAUUCACUUACUCCUGUCUUCAGGAGUGAGUUCAAGGCUGUUGGCCAUAAGGAGAGAAAUGUUUAUCCCCACAACUGUAUCUCUUGACAAUAUCUGUCUCUAAGGCUAAGCCCUCAGCUGAGGCACACUGUAACAGAAACCUGUCUUCAAUAUUCCUUUAAAAUCAGUUUAGGUGGUUCCAGCUCCAUGCACAAGCUUUUACAAACCAAAAUACAAGCAGACUUCUUUGGAUAGGAAGUUCAAGUACUAAAAUAAAGGUCAGCAAAUACCCUUGCAUGUGCCAGAUACCUAAAAACCACUGCUAGGAGUAACUUGGAGAACUGUAAUGUCACCAGUCUCUUACAGGUGUAGUAUUAACAGCAAAAAUGGGACCUGAGUCCUUAGAAAUUUCAGCCAUUGUUCUGACAUCAAGGUAUAGAUGCCCAUUUCUGUGGAGUGUCAAACAAAUAAUUCACUAAUCUAAACCCUAAAUGUUAGCCAGAUACUGCAAAAUAGUUUAAAAUCUGUUUGUUCUGCUGUCAGUAGAAGCACAGCACUUUAAGUUAUACAUUUUAAACUUUUGUUUUGGAGGCACAUUUUCAAAUGUGAUUUGCCAGUUAAUUCACAGCAAGGAAUUGAACUGAGGGUUUCCAGGCAAGAAUAACCUGACCCCUAAAGAGCUAGGAAAAUCAGGGUGCAGUCCCCUGGCUGGUAACACUGUUAAGCAGGAUAGCACUUCACACUGCAAUAACUACCACCUUUCUUGUGGAAAUCUUCUGGACUUGCUUCAGUUCACAGGUGGAUUCUGAGUAGUACCAAAACCUAAAGAGGUCUGCUGUACCCUCAGCACUGCCACCUGAAUCACCAACAUGAUCCCUUUCAUUGCUUAAAUUUCAUUCUUCUUUUCAUUAUGCUACAACACUGACAUCAUAGGUAUUGUUCCAGUAUAGAAGUUGUGCACGUGUUUUAAAAUAUGGCUGGCAACAUCUUGUCACUGAAUAUUUUUUCUCUUUUAGGUAUGGUUAGUAGAGAAACGAAAUUUGUGCUAACAUUACCAGAAUGUAAUCAGCUGAUGCCACAAUCUGAAUUGCUAUUAAUCUCAACAUAGUUAAUACAUCACUAAAUUAUCAUUUCUGGUAUCUCCAUGUGGAUGUCUAUCCCUCCUCCCUCUUUAAUACUUCAAAAUUACUGUUUCUACAAAGUUCUAUCAAACUUCAGUAGUUACAGAGUAACAGAAAAUUAUGGCACAUGGAAGCGAGAGUAUGCAGUUCUCUAGUUUAUUUCCAAAAGCAUUAUCCAAAUGGAGAAGAGAAAAAAAAUCACUAUCAGCAUAGUGAACUGAUUUGUUUGCAUAUUUACUCCCUCAAAAAGAAUUAUUUACAGCUGUUCUUGCAAGUGGUUGCAAUUGUUACACAGUGGAAAAAUGGUAGAAAAAGUUCACUGGUGAUUGCCCAAACAUGAGCUUUUUUUUUCCAUUUCACAGUCCUUUAGUAUUAGCAGUUGUCUGUCUUUAUAUAGCUUUAUGCAAAAGGAAAUUGCAAGAAUUGGAAACCGAGUUCUUGAAUAAACUUUAUACAUUUUGAACAAUCUGCUUCUGCUUUUGUAUUCAAAUGAAACACAGCUUAAAUGAAUGUUUUAAUUUUUAAAACAAAAUUGUUUUUCCAAGACUAAGAAUGUGAAAUGUACUUUAUUUAAAAAUAUUAACACAAUUCUUGGUCCCAGCUAAAAAUGUACUUAGCAGAAUUUAGAAAAUGCUUUACAAUUAGGUUUCAUUGGACAUCUAGAAUUCCUUUGUCUUAAUCAGUAGUAGGUGAAAGUAAACAAAGAAAUUAUGGCAGUGAUACUGAAUUAAUCAUCCAGAAAACAAACCAAUGAAAAGACAAACAGUUUUGAUUAAAAAUUCAUUGACAAAACCCUUCAUGUGACAAAAAAUGUGUCUUCUUCAAAUGAAAACAUUUACUUUGGCUGCCAGGUUUAGUUAUUUUUGAACUAUUAGUUCUGCCUUUGUUCCCUGGGACCAAUCCAGCCUUCUCAAAGAGUUUAGAUCCAGCAACAGAAAAUCUCAAAGGUGGUACUACAUUCCUCUACUUUAAUUGGAGAAAUUACAAUGGAUUUAAUUACAGCCUUGUUAAAAGCAACCCAGGUAUACCAGUACCAAGUGCAUGCAAUCCUUGUAGUAAAUUUUAAAUCCUAUUUCACAAAUCAUUACAGUAACUUUACUGAUAAUGAUUUGAAUACAAAUAUUGUAAAACUGCAUUUUUUACACAAUAAACCAUUUAUUCUGCUGGUAGUCAGCUACACAAAAAUUAUGUCCUUCACAAAAAACAACAAAAACAAAACGGAAUGAAACCACAAACAAACAAAAGGUAUUUUUUCUUGCAUGAAUUGCUGAGGAAAGUGUCCUGUGCUUUUUAGAAUAGCUGUGUAACACCUCAUUGUUUGAGAGGAAAGUUUUUAAAGCACAAGAUAGUAACAAGCCUAUCAAGGCUUAUUCCAACUGCAGUUCCUUAGAUUUAAGCUGCUGUAUGUAUAGUUGAAUCGGCUUCCUGUAUCACUGAGUUUUUGUUAAACUCCUCAACUGUAAUUUUGAGUGACAAGAACUGAAGCUGCUUUUCCUAGAUAAACUGCUGGUACCUGUGGAAGGCAGGAGAUAGAUCUGAAUGAAAAGAUACUUUCUCCAAUGAGGACUCAUUUAAUGUGCAGAAUUACUUACUAAAUGUAUUUUUGUGGAACCUACAUGCUAACAUUUACUUCUACAGAAGUAAACAUUUACUUACUACAGAAUCAUCACAUCCUAACUGUUCUAAGCCUCCACACCUGACUUAGACACAUUGCCAAGUCUCCCAGCUGAGCCAAAAGGAAGAAUCAAUUAAGCAUUUUUUUGUUUUUAUUUUUAAUCAAGAAUUAAAUGGCACUUACCCAGUCAUGUUCUGUCAGAAUAUGGUUUCCUGGUCUCACACAGCCUCUUUAUUUAUGUUAGCUGUUACAGUGAGUUAAGCAAAUAAGAAACUAAGAGACUUCGAACUGAGACAACUCUCUUGCCUGUCCCUCUGCAGCCAUCUGUAAAUUUUAUUGCUAGUUUCAAUUCAGGAAUAACAGAAUUAAUUCGUUUUUUCUGUGUCAUUCCAGUUUUCUUUCUCAACUUGGCUCAGAGUUUAAAAUUGUUUCAGACCAUUACCAUAAGAACUGGGACCAUUUUCUUUCUCAGUGUCAGUGCUCAACAGAAUACACAAACUAAACAAAAGUAAAGUUAUAGCAAUAGUUUAGUGGUUCUGCACAGCCAUUUUAACAGUUCAUAAUAAUAAUACUGGUAAGGCAACAUAAGUUGCUUAUAAAACACAGUCAUACACUUAGAAGAUUUCCUUCUGCAAGAGCUCACGUAAAAACAGGAAAGUGUUCACGAUGCUCCUGUUACACUUUUGCAUGCUUCCAUGAGACCUUAUGUUUUAGCUCCAUUUAAAAUGAAAAGCAUGAGAACUGUUUCAAGUAUUUUGCUUACCCUGAAUACUAUUCAUCUGACUUAAUGCACAAAGCAAGAACCACAAAGGAAUCUAUUUUAAAAACAUAGGGAAUUAACUAAACUGAUUUAUUUCAUGACACACCAGGAUUUGUGUUUUACUUACAUGCUAUUUAUUGCAAAAAAAUCAGCAAAAUGUACAAUUUGUUUGAGAAGACUGCAAACAUUUGUCAUUGAAAAAAAAAAAAAAAAGAGCAAGUUUCCUUUUCAAUAGUAUUUUAAUAUUUGUACAAUUAUUUAGAAUUAAUCAAAAAAAGAUUGUGUAUUUACCUAUAUAAAAGCUUCAAAUAAUAGGUAGAGUUAACUUACGUUAUAAAACCAAAACACAUUGGACUGAAAUAUAUGUUUGCAUUUUUCUUUAUUAAAUUGAUGGCACUUAAUUUAAUAGCAGAAAUAAUAAUAAUAGGGCUCCACAAUCAGAAGCAGUAUCAUUUUCUAACUGUCACAUUUCUUCAAGAACAAGGCCUUUAUAAUGUACUCAAAACUGAGGCAGACCUCAUUGUGAUUUUUUUUUGUUUUUGUAUUACAACACUAUCACAGCUGUAUCAGCUGUAUCAGCAAGCUUGAUGUUGUUUAUUUUCCUUUGUAUUCUGUAAGUUAAAUUGCAGUUUCACUGUGCUGUCUAGUAGACAAGUGUAACAGCAUGCCACUGGAAAAUGUUUGACAUUUAUGUUUAAUGUGGCUGAUCCA